AACAUGCUCUUAUUGCAAAAUUUCAAAUGUAAUGUAAUUGUAACAUAAAAUUACAGACCAUUUAUCUCUACACUUUUAUUCUGAAAUAUGUCCUGCACCUCCCUGAAAAUAGAGGGACGAUGUGAUUAUCAUGACACUCAUAAAAACUCACUAUUCUUCUGCAACAAACGAAAAAUAUUAAAAGAAACUUCUCCCAACAGUAAAAAUAACACUCUUCUUUAAAAUCACUGCUGUCUAAAUUACUCCUACAAAGCAGAUCACUUUUCCUCACCUGUUAUUGCAAGUGUAAGCUACGUUCCUCCCACCUUUACAGGGGCACUGAAGGCUGAAAGCUCCCAAAUCCACAGAGACCACUCACACUCUGGGAGCUCUAACGGAACCUGGGCCACCACCGCUUUCGUGGGGACACGCUGCUCUGGCCGGAGGGCUCAGAGCCCUUUCUCGGCCCGAGGCUCACAACCGCGGAGCGAGCAGAUACGGGGAGAACGGGCACCAACCGAGGCCGAAGGCGGUGACUGUCCCCGGGCGGAUCCCGGGGCGGGCGGGACCGGCCGCUAUUAAAGGGACCCGGCGGCGUUCCGGCGUGGGACCAUGGCGACCCGCUUGCAGCUGAACACUGCGGCCAGGAUGCCCCUCCUGGGGCUCGGCACAUGGAAGUCCCCAGCUGGGCAAGUAACAGCUGCAGUGAUGGCUGCCAUUGAUGCUGGGUACCGCCACUUUGACUGUGCCUACGUGUACCAGAAUGAGAAGGAAGUUGGGGAAGGGAUCCAGCAGAAAAUCAAGGAAGGCGUUGUGAAACGAGAAGACCUCUUCAUCGUCAGUAAGCUGUGGUGCACAUUUUAUGAAAAGCCUCUGGUGAAAGGAGCUUGCCAGAAGACUCUUGCUGACCUGAAACUGGAUUACCUGGAUCUCUACCUCAUGCACUGGCCACUUGGGUUAAAGGCAGGAGAAGAGCUGUUUCCCACUGAUGACAAAGGCAUGUCAAUACCCAGCAACACAGAUAUUCUAGAUACAUGGGAGGCCAUGGAAGAACUGGUUGACUGUGGUCUGGUAAAAGCCAUUGGAAUCUCCAACUUCAACCAUGAGCAGAUUGAAAGGCUCCUGAACAAGCCGGGACUGAAGUACAAGCCUGCAAAUAACCAGAUCGAAUGUAAUCCGUACCUUACACAGGAGAAGCUGAUCAAGUACUGUCAAUCCAAAGGGAUUGCUGUGACAGCGUACAGUCCCCUUGGCUCUCCUGACAGGCCAUGGGCUAAGCCAGAGGAUCCUUCCCUUCUGGAUGACCCCAAGAUCAAAGAGAUUGCAGCCAAGCACAACAAAACCCCAGCACAGGUUCUCCUUCGCUUUCAGAUCCAAAGAAAUGUAAUCGUGAUCCCCAAGUCUGUCACACCACAGCGUAUUGCGGAGAACUUCAAGGUGUUUGACUUUGAAUUGACGAAAGAGGAGAUGGCAACUAUUUUCAGCUUUAACAGAAACUGGAGGGCGUAUACAAUGAGCACGUGCAAAACUCACAAGGAGUACCCUUUCAAUGCAGAAUACUGAAGAUUGUCAUAUCCUGCCCUCAUAUCCUUCAGAGCUUGUUCAGAUAUUCUUCCUAUCGAUUUUUCUUAUUGCAUCUCCUCCUACAGCCAGUGAAAUCACAGGCUAUGUAUUCAGUGAUUUAUUGUGGUGGUUUUUUGUGGUUUUGUUUUUUUUUUUUUUUUGAAAUAAGGACACUGUAAAAUUGUUGUGGUUUGGGCCAGACUGGCCACUGAGAUGAAUGACAGAUGCUCUCCAAGGAAAGCAUGGAGAGAGAGAAAGAUACUUAGGAGUCUCUGACAAAAUGUGGCAUUAAAGAGAAAACAGGGAAAGCCAACUACACGUUCAGACUUGUACUCAAUUUUGUAACAACAGCCUAAGGAGGAUAAUCAGCAGUUGUGAGCAUUGGAGGAAAAUUUGAGAAGCGUGAACUAAAGACUAACUUUCUUAGCAUGAGUGAGGCAACCAGGAGUUUCACCACUCAAAAACUAACUGAAAAAGGGUCUUUUACUAUUUAUCCCUCUCUUAGGAAAAAAAAAAAAAUCCAUAUGCAGAAAACAUACAGAUGCAUGCUGGGCAGUAUUUUUACACAGGGUUUCUCCUAUGUGUCAAAACAAAACAGCAUGGUGUGGUUUGGAUAUAACGCAAGUUCAAUAUGUGCUUCAGAUUAUUGCUAGUUGUGAAAUUCUAUUCUUACAUGGAAAAUUGUUAAGAAGGGGAAAAAAAAAAAAACACAAAGAAAACCCAAAGCCUCUGAACUUGCACGUUCCACUUCAUUCAAAUGCCUGUCUUUGAGGAAAAACUAAUUUUUAAAUGCAACCAUGAAAUAGAAGAUUCCUGUCUGAUCAAAAAGAUCUUUUACUUUGAAAGUGUGUUUAUGCUCUUGCCUAGACCUUCUAGCUAGAAGUGAGAUGGGAUGCUAGACCCCCCAACACCAUUUGACUUUAGGAACUGAUUUCAUUCUUUACCAUUAUUUUUUAAUUAAAU